UGAGCUUGACAAGAUUUAUAAAACGACAUGAACAACAAUUGUCAAAAAUUUUAAAGGAGUCCUGGGAAUUUAUAAUAAACUUAAAAACAUUAAUAUCUACAAUAUGGUUCAUGUUCCUGUAUUACUCGUUUAGUGAUUUUGAAAUGCAAAGAAGUAUUAGUUUGGAAAAAAUAAAUGGUACAGAAGUGGUGUCAAAUGCAAGAAAUACUGCACUCAGACAUAACUCACCCGACAUUUUCCUGCCACAAAGACGAAGAUUCCGACCUGCAGGGAACAUAUUUGAACAAUAUUAUAUAACGAUAAAACCGAAAUUGUACAGGAGCAGCUCUCUGUCUGAUCUCACCGCACAUUCUAGUGAUUUCACACUAGACUAUUUCAGGAAUAGAGUUUUAGAGCAAAAUAAAAGCAAGGAAUCAUAUUACAAUAGCGCUGGCGACGCGGUCACUAAAUACUGCAGGAAACAUACCGUGCAACCCGACACAUUAAUGUCGUGGAACUUUAAAGGAAAAAAGCCAAAGAAGAAAUCCGAUAUGUCACCCGAAUCUUAUGCCUCCAAGUUUGCUGUGGAAUAUUUAAACAAUUUUCAGAGGGAUCGGGAUGAAAUAGAUCCGAAUGCUUCCUCUUGUGCAGAUAAUUCCAGUAUUGGAAGCACAGACCAGGGAAUGCAAAAAGGAGCUGCCUUCCCUUUCAAAUCGACCCCGAGUGGGAACCUAAAAGUCCAAUCUAACCAAGUAGUUUUUCAAUCGUCCACGGUAGGUGUUUUAUUAGCUGACCCUACUCAAGCAAAGGUAAAAGUUAAAUUCGAAGGUAAAGGAGGGGAACUCGAAGACGAGACGUCACAAAAUUAUGACAAUGAAAUAGAUUCUGAACCCCAACUGCAAUUCGGUCCGAGAGAAACCCACGCCGCGAACGUCCAAUCAAAGAAAUGUCACACGACUGAAAGAAACGCGUCACAAAAACCGCUUUGUGUGAAAGAUGACAAAAGUAAGGAUUUAGGAAGUCUUGGAUACGCGGUGGGUGAACCUAUAGAUUGGAUGCGAGUGCAGCUUCCCAAGAAACAGGAUCUAUUUCAAGAGUUUUAUCGAAGGAUCCAUAAUUACAUAAACACCGACACUAUAAUUCAUAUCGGCGACGAAGAGUUCCACUGUCACUACAUCGUGUUACAAGUUUACUCAUCGUUCUUCGAUAUGAAUCAUCAUAGAGAAAUUGAACUCCCAAUAACAAAUGUGACGCCCGAAGCUUUUCAAACGAUAUACGAAUGGAUGGUCUUUAAUGGCGUGGAAAGCAACAAACUAUUGAAGAGGGAUAAUAUUUUAGAUUUAUUUUGUGCUGCACAGUAUCUUGCUAUUAAAGAUCUUGAAGAUCAAUGUUGGUCAUUCAUCGUUAAUGAAAAUCUUUUCUCUGAAGAUACGGCUUUCGUUUUAUUUAGAGAAGCAAGGAAAAAAGGGAUGACUCCGGUUAUGGAUUUGAUGGUCCCGCGUGUAAUGAGGUUUUUCCUGCCUCUAGUCGCAUCAAGAGACUUCCUAGGUUUGGAUACAGAAGAGUUGAUGACAUUUUUAAAGUCAAACUACAUUUCUGUUACAAGUGAGAUAGAGGUGUUAAUGGCGGGUGUACGCUGGUUGUACGGCGACUGGGCGAACCGGCGGCCGCUGGCCGUGGACGUGAUGCGCUGCGUCAGGUUUGGGCUCAUCUCGCCGUGGCAGCUAGUGGACAUCAAACGGAACCCAGACAAUGCCGAAAUCUUAGACAUUGUGAACGAGCCCGAAGUGCAGCAAAUGGUUGACGAUGGUCUGGCUUACGUCAUCAUAAAGUAUUGGUAUGGCAAUAACUCAAAAAACUACUAUCACUGGAUCGAUGUCCUGGGACUGACUGAGCCUGCAGAAAGGAACUGGAUCGGUGAAGAGAAGAAUCACGUGACGUACAAGGAUUUCCUGAAAUAUCUAGAACAGUUUAUGGUACCGAAGGACCAGAUGUACCAACAGAUGGCCAUGAUGCAACCGCCGAGAAGGAACGAUGAUAACAUACCAGGCAGCAUGCGAGGCAUGGAUAACGAAAAAAUGGAAAUGCGGAGACCAAAGAUGGACUUUCCUCUACCGGCAACACUGAAAGGACUUUCUGGAGACAAAGACAAGUCUUUCCCGACAAUGAGCGAGUUUUUUGAGAAUCGGAGAAAGGCGCAGGAAGGUCAGCAAUCACUUUCCCCUUCGAACAGAUCGCCUCAGUCCAUGGACAUGGAUGUGACUCUGCAGAUGCCUUUAAUGCCAGAAUCAAGAAGAGCCCCCGAUCUAGCCUGUAAACAUCAAAAACAAUAUGAGGAACAAAGAAAACAUGUCGAACAACAGAAGCAGCAGCUACAGAUGGCUCAACAGCAACGCCGCAAACAGAUUCAACAAAUUCACAUGUGCACGAUAGAAAGAGAUACCGGUUCAAAACACGCGCAAAUAUACGACCCUCCGGAAAAAGACUCCGCAGAAGAUUUGAACACGACCAAUAGUGAAACUAGCAGUGGAACUGCCGAAACCAGCAUUAACGACAAAUUAUCUACCCAGUUCGCGAUGAGGAGAUCAGAAAAGAGACACAGUGUGGCUGCUUCAUACUUAGCAGCCGCGACCGCAGCUUUGGCUGGCUCAAGAAGGUCCUUCCACAGUCCGACUUCUGGGCCUCGAUUGCUGAAUGCGACGAACGCGUCUCGUUCGGAACCAGCGUCCAGGCCAAACGCGCCCUUGUCCCAGAACAAUAUCGGCAGCCCGCAGAUCUCACUCUUCAAUCAGUCCAAGGAAUCUAUCGCUAAAAUUAAUAUGAACAAGCUAUCUACAUCGAUCUUAGGCCCUUCGAAUAAGAACUACAUCGCAGAAGGGUCCCUGUUCAACUGGGAGAGAGAAACCGUCUUGGUCUUCGGUGGUAUAGAUCCUCAUCCACCGUACGGAGUUGGAAAUACUGGAAAAUAUAUUUAUAGGUUUGACCCAGGGACGAAUGUUUGGGACCACGUCGGAGACCUACCAGAGCCAAGGCAUCACCAUUCCGUUGCUUUCUUAAGAGGACGAGUGUACCUUGUUGGUGGUGCUGACCCUCGAGAUGACGAUAUACGCGGGAAGUCUGUGGUCGUCUCAACUGUAUGGAGCUUUGAGCCGGUUUCCCGAUCCUGGUAUAGUGAAAGUGGUCUCAUGACACCCAGGAAGAACUUCGGCCUCGUCGUCCACCGAAUGGCAAUGUAUGCUAUUGGAGGACAGGAUAAGAAUGGCAGGGUCUUAAGCUCCGUAGAAAAGUUCGACCCGAAGACUGGUGCGUGGACGAAGGUGCGGUCGAUGUGCGUGUCUCGCAUGGCGGUGGCGUGCGCCAAGUACCGCGAGUACAUCUGGGUGGCUGGCGGCAUGACCGGCAAUAAAAAGAAGCCGGUCGGCAAGAGUGUCGAGUGCUACAACUCUAGGACUAACGAGUGGACAGAAAUACACAGUCUGCGGUUUCCCAGAUGUUUCUCCACUAUGUUUGCGAUGAACGAUAAACUGUACAUUAUUGGUGGCGCAGGCAAAAUAUCUGACAAGGAUAAAACGGCUAGCAGUGUGGGAGCAAUAGACGUUUGGGACUGGAAGCUACGUGAGUGGAAGCACGAGACGGAGAUGUCGAUGCCCCGACACGGACACGCGCUCGCCUAUCUCGGGACACAGCUCAUCAUUAUAGGGGGUGUGACGACAAUCUACAUGCGUGCGUUAAACAAUGUGGAAUCUUUCUGCUGUGAGCGCGGCGCGUGGAUCCGAGGGGUGUCGACCCUGCCGACGCCGCUGUCGGGUCACGGCGCCGUCACCCUGCCGCCAGCCUCGCUCAUGUGACUAGACUGCCUCCUGGUGGUCAUCCUCGUCGCUCGAGUUUGCUCCAAAACGACGAGAUCAAAAUUGAUUAACUUUGUGCCUUAAUCACCCGCCUGAAGAUCUACUAAGAAAGUGGACUGAAACAAACUCAUUUGUAUAGAUAUAACAGGGCGUUAAAUCUAUUGACGCCAAAAUCGCAAAACUUCCCAAAACUGCUGUCAGAACCAGACUGCUGUAGUUGGUUCGGAAUAAUUUAUUAUGUAAUACCUGUAUACUUUUUUAGCUUUUCUUUAUAUUCAAACUAUACUUAUGUAUUAUUUACCUGUAUAAUUUUAUAAAUCCUGCAAUAUCUCCCGGAGUUAUCUCAAAGUAUACUCUUCAGUUUGAAUAUUUUGUAUCCCAGUGGGUCACUGGGGUUUGACAAUAUUUGUAGCCUGCAAAACUUGCAGAGCUGAAUGAAAGUAUUUUCGUUAAUUUGUCAAUCUUUACAAUAUGUCAAACAAAGUCGUGCCAAUUUCCUCUUACAACUCUAAACGGAACGUUUUUUUCUAUGAUAUUAGAUAUGUUAUUAUCUGGUUUUGCACUAAAUAGCAGAAUCGACAAAUAAAAAAAACAUCGGAAAAAAUCACGAGGAAAACUUAGUCUCACACAUUUUGUAUCCUACACGGUACACAGGAACGGGAACUACGCGGAUGAAACCGCGGGUCUCAACUAGUGUAUAGAUAAAAGAGAAUAAAAUAAUUUCCAAAAACAUCGUGCUAUCUGCGACUAUUCGAAUUAUCCAUUACCUACUUGAACAUUUGGACCAAUAACCGGCCCCUGUGGAACACUUUACAAUAUCACAAAAAUAUUUAUUAGUCGAUUUAAAGUAUUUAUCGAAAAUAUUGUCUAGUAACUAAUUCAAUAGUUACGUUAUUUCUAUAUGGAUGUUUCUUGAUCUAUUAAGGGAUACUAUAAGUGCACAGUAACUGUAGCUUGUAAACGUUGGCGAAAAGUCAAAAUUGUGCGUGCCGUGAGAGUGCUGUGGUAAGUUAAUGAAAUCGUACGUGACUUGUAAAUGUUGAUGGAGAAGUUCUCUUGUAUAUGUGAAAUUAUUGAUUUAAUUGUAUGUUCAAUCGUUUUGUGCUUUAUUAAAAUGUUCUACUUAUUCCA